CUAGAAAUGUAAAUCAUUGUGUGCUAUCCUUAUCAAUGGUUUACAAGCAUCUUCAGUAGGACUAUAUUCAGCAGACCUAGAUAUGUAAAUUAUUUACUUCAAGUACUGGAGACUGGUUACCAUGAAACAAAAGUUCAUUAAACGGGAAGAUGAAGGGAGGAACUGUUUUACAAGUCAAGUUGACAUUAUCGGGAGAAAAAACAAACAAUACCUACUAGAAGGUGGAGCAAUCGCUGUUUUAUAGAUUGUUUACUUAAAAUCCAUAUCGGGAUUUAAUUUCGUUGAAUAUUUUUUAAUUCACGAAUUUCUUUACUUUGCUGUGCAGUGUAUAUAUGUUUAAGUCAGCGAUCUGCAGACUAUUUCAUCUAGUUCAGGUUUGUCCUAAGUAAGCAGAUCUCUAUAACAACUUUCUCCUGGCAAUUUUAAAGAUAUUUCUAUGUUCAAAUAAUGCAAAUAUGUACCUAAACAAAAUUUAAAUAUUGAAGUCCAUGUCUCAUUGUUUAAUAAAUUCCGUGUGUAAAACGAUAUGACAUACUCUGUUAAUAUUACGACAUCCUUGUAUGAACAAGGUAAUGGAAUCUGGGAAGUAAACAUUUGUGAAGUAAAUGAACUUUCAUUGUUUUAACAUCUGAUGACACGAGAUCAGGUUAACCAGGCAGCCCUCGUCGGGAUCCACAGUCCGGUCAUCUUACAGCUCUAACUGACGACAGGAGAAUUCUGACCGCCGAGGACAUAUCAGUAUUAGGCUGAGGACAAGCUAUCACGAGGUGUAGAUCUCUACUCGACUGUGUGUAAAACAAAAGUGCAAAAAAAAAAAUGUCCUCCCCCGGGACUAGAACUAUUGUCAUCGCAAUGGACGGAAGUGACCAUGCGGAUUACGCCUUUAAAUGGUAUGUCAAAAACGCUUACAAAGACGGAGACAAGGUGAUCAUAGUAUUUUGUGCUGAAUACAACCAAUUAGCCAAUCAACCCCUAACCCUGAUGUCGGUAGAUAAAUCCCUAAUUACAAACUUGAUUGAUGGAGAGGAAGAUCGAGUCAAGAAAUUGGCCGCCAAGUUCGAAGAGCUAGUUCUAAAAUUCAAGAUUGAAGGAAAAAUUGUUCGCGUCAAUGGAGAACCAGGACAUGCGAUAGUAAAGAUAGCAACAGAUGAGAAAGCGUCCAUGAUUGUGACGGGAACACGUGGUUUGGGUAAUAUUCGGCGGAAGUUGCUCGGUAGUGUUAGCGAAUAUGUUCUACACCAUUCUCCAGUUCCGGUGAUGGUCUGUCGACAAAAAGAAUAAGAAAGAUUUCACGCAGUAUGCUGGAUGUACUACAUACAAUUAUAUAAAUAGAAUAAUACACUGUGAUUGCUAGUUCUCAGUAUGACGAAUCCAAGGAAAAUAAAUCGUUAUACUGU